GCAGUAGUGAAAGGUGAAUGCAUUGGUUGCCAUGGCGUCAGCAUGUCAACAUCGCCCUUAUUAGUGUUGUCUGUUCAGCGUACUACUGUUAAAUAUUAGCAAUGUCUGCCAUGAGCAGAAAACUAGUACAAACUCUCGCAGAAACAAUCUCAAAACAAGUGGAGCACUUCAAUAAAACAGAGGUUGAGUGCCUUAUCCGAGAGUUUAAAGUGCUGCUGGGGGAGCCGGGAAUGGGCAGAGCCGUGAACGGCCUGGACAGAGUGAAGUUCAGGAGCAUUCUGCACAACAUCUUCGGGAUGACCGAUGACAUGAUCUUGGAUGGAGUCUUCAGGACAUUUGACAAAGACAACGACAGCUUUGUUAGCAUGAAAGAAUGGAUUGAAGGACUGUCUGUUUUCCUUCGAGGGACGCUGGAUGAAAAAAUAAAGUACUGCUUUCAUGUGUACGACUUGAACAAUGACAACUAUAUCUCACGGGAUGAGAUGUUUCACAUGUUGAAGAACAGUCUCAUAAGACAGCCCACAGAGGAGGACCCCGAUGAAGGAAUCAAAGACCUGGUGGAGAUCACACUCAAAAAGAUGGACCAUGACCAUGAUGGCAGGCUGUCUUUGGCUGACUUUGAAAAGGCUGUGAGAGAGGAGAACCUAUUACUUGAAGCUUUUGGAACCUGCCUCCCUGACAUGGCGGUAAUCAUAAAUGAAAGGUUCAUGAGAAAUAUGGUAACUUAUAUUUCUAGGUCAGAGGGUCUCAAUCUUACAUUCUAUUUUCCUUUCUUUUCAGAGUAUUGAGGCAUUUGAGCAGUGUGUAUUUCAGAAGCAGUUGUGAUGCACAAUGUGUAAAUAAAAUGAGCUGCCAUCAGAAAUAGAAAUCAU